AGUAGCCGACCGGUAAGCGUAUCAAAUUAAUAGUUCGGGAGCUCUGGAGAGUUACAAUUUCAUUUUUCCAUUUCAUUUUCUCCGUUUUAUUACUAAAUAAUAAAGGAGAAAUUGAGUAAAAUCAUCGUCCCAGCUGGUAUUCUACACUCGAUUAGAUGUGACAGGUGUCAUACGGAGUUAGUCAUGCUGCCUAUCUUAGCUAUUAUACUCUCUAUCUUCCUGCAAAACUUAGUUAUAGCUAAUCAAGGCUGGAUUAAAUUGCCCAAAUAUAAAGUUAAGGAAAAUCAAAAAGCCGUCGUUAUUGCAAAUUUAGCUAAGGAUAUGAAUAUAACGUUACUUGAAAAUGCCAAAGUGACAAUGCAUGUGGAAAAAGAGGAAAUAUUUAAAGAAGUUCUAUACUUAGAACCAUCUACAGGCGUCUUGUCUACUAAGCAUUCUAUUGACAGAGAAGAAUAUUGUCCUUCACAAAAUGACUGUUUUAUAGAGGCGUUUGUGACGAUUACCUCAGGAGGGGAAUAUAGAACUUAUGUCGAAGUGGAAAUUAUCGACGAAGAUGAUAACCCACCACGAUUUAAGGAGAAAAAAAAGAAUAUUGUGCUUUCGGAGAGUGAGUCAAAGGGCUUCAAAUUCAAUCUUCCAUUAGCAGUGGAUAAGGACAGCGAUAAGUACGGUAUAGCUUAUUACUCGAUCUCCAACAAAACCUUCGUCCCAUUUAAACUACUCGAAUCGAACGAUGAUAUUCUACAAGCCUCAUUGACGUCCGAAUUGGACAGAGAACGGGUUGAUCAUUACGAUUUUGUAUUGAUUGCUCACGGAAAAUCACCAGGCCGUUAUGAGGGACGGAUGAAUGUCCACGUAUCGAUUGACGACGUCAACGAGCAUGCACCAAGAUUCGUAAGAACUUACCAAGUAGAGAAGGAAGAGGAUUUAGUAGUUGGAAGUGAGAUUGUUAAAGUAUCUGCUACGGAUAAAGAUGUUGGAGAUAACGGCCGAGUAUCGUAUUUGUUAAGGGAUAAAAGUUUGAAAAAUUUCUUUGCAAUCGACAAAGAUAGCGGAUUAUUAACGACCGUAGCAGAAUUAGAUUAUGAACGGAAACAUUCUUUUGAUAUAACUGUGUUAGCCGUCGAUAACGGCGAGAAAAGAAAAACGUCCGAAACCACAGUUAAAUUAAGAAUAAUCGACGUCAAUGACGAAGCGCCGAUGAUUAAUUACGUAUCGGGCGGCAGUGAUAAACUAUUCGUUAAAGAAGAGAUGAAAGAUGUUCAAACUAUUUCUCUGUUUAGGGUCCAAGACUCAGACUCCGGCGACGGAGGAGAGUUUACUUGUACCGUUGAAGAGGAAGAUUUUGACCUAACACAAUCUUAUAAGAGCGACAUGUUCGUCAUUUAUUCUCUUGAAACUAAUCGACCAUUCGACAGGGAGGGCGAACAACAGGUCGUUAGUGCAACUAUAAAGUGCAAGGAUAAAGGUCAACCGCAGUUAACUGGCGAAAAGAAGGUGGACAUUCACAUUUUGGAUAUAAAUGAUCAUGGACCCAAGUUUAAAUUUGAUAGUUUCGAGUUUUUCGUUGAGGAAAAUCAGGAUAUCGGUACUUUUGUUGGUAAAAUAGAAGCUACAGAUGGAGAUGAUGGAGAAAACGCAGUCAUCGUUUAUAGUUUAGUGACUGACUUGCAGAGUGACGCUGUUAGAAUUGACGAGACGUCCGGAACGAUUAGCACAGCAAAGAAAUUCGAUCGGGAACAGAUCGAUAAGUAUAAUUUCGUCGUUGAAGCACGCGAUAAAGGCAAGCCUGCGCAAACUGCGGAGGCGAAAGUUCGUAUUAUUGUUAAGGAUAUAGACGAUAAUCCGCCUGUGUUCACAAAACAAUUGUAUGAAUUUACUUUGAAAGAAGAACAAAACAGCGGUGAUGUCGGUCAGGUAAUAGCAAUGGAUAUUGAUUCAUAUACCAACAAUCAAUUCGAGUAUCGUUUGGAUGAAAGAACAGCGAAUUUAGAAAUUUUCACUAUCGCUAAAUAUGACGGUUAUAUCUACUCUCAACAGCCUUUGGAUAGGGAGAAAGGUCAGAUUCGAGAAAUUCAAGUUUUCGCUGUGAGUAAAGACACACCGAAUGUAAGGACCGCUUCAACAACUGUUCGAGUAAUUCUAGACGAUAUCAACGAUUGCGAUCCGCAAUUCAUAUACCCCACUGAGAUGAACAAUUCAAUCUCGAUAUCGAAUUAUUAUCCUGUGGCUAAUGUAAUUGCGGUCGUUUCGGCUUAUGACCUUGAUGCUACCGAUGAUAAUUCCAGGUUACAAUACUCGAUAACUAGCAAAACUUCCUAUUUCAAAAUCGAUAUGGAUACAGGGAGUGUGACAGUUGCUAAAUCUUUAAGAUCGUUCUCCUUGCGAGUUUUCCAUUUAGAAAUUACUGUUCAGGAUUAUGGCAUACCAACGCUUUUCAACCGAACAAUUCUUCGCGUAACCGUUAACGCUUCGACGCCCCUUCCGGUUCAUUUGAGAGCGAACGCCGACAUUAUGGAUUCCAGGAAUCUUAUUAUAAUUGUCAUCGUCGCCAGCUUAUCAACAGUUUUAAGCAUUCUUCUAGCAGCAGCCAUUGUUAUUACAGUAAGGCGGAAGAGGGAGGAGAGAAAUCCUAUAAUACACAAACAUCAAUACCCAAUCCUCUUUUCGACGUCUAAAAGUCCUAACCACGAUGAUUCAGAUUCAAAUAAAUCAACUAGCUCAAUAACGAUUCUAAAGAACGGGAUCAUCAAUCAAAACCGCAACGAAUCUCUGUAUAGUAAUGGAUUUGCUACUGGAUCUUCUAUAGGUUUGCAGGUGAGUGAAAAUCUCAUUUUAUUUCAUUAAAUAAGCGUUCUAUAGGUUGAACGUAAUUAGCUAGAUAAAUGACUAAAAAAGCUUUAUUUGCCGUCCUCUUGCGCCGUCCCUUUCCUUUCGAAACUUUGUGCUCUAUUGUCAAUACUGUUUACCAAAGUUGUUCGAUACUUAUUGAAAGAGAACACCGAAGGGGGUGGAAGCUGGGUGGGUAAAAAAUGAAAAUUGCCGCAAUUGACAGUCAAAUCAUGAAAUAAUAAGAAGUAUAAAACAAUGAAAUCUGUUGAACCGUUCUAUUCUAACAUUCUGAAUGGGUGAUCAAUAAUUAAGUAAGGUGGGCUUUUGAAGUGGAUGGAAGAGGGCUACAAUGCGUAUUACACGGUAUUAUAUUUUUUGAAGAAAACAAAGAACGCUCGAAUACGUCUAUCCAUCACGCAUCAGCGGAGAAUGAAAAUUACUAAAAUCGACGGAUACCGCUAAUUAUAACGACAAUAACUGCCGCGUGCGGCGUCUGUAAAACGGCGUCUAUUGGAGUAUAAAGUCUGCUAUACAGUUGUAUAAGCAAAUACGUGCCACUUCACCAAUUGUGACACGUUUCUUUUGCUCUAUUGUUUACAAUUUCGCCUUUAGUUCAUACAAUCCUUUUCGCACAUUAAUUAAGGUGUUUUUGUUGUAAGUUUAUUAUUUAAAAGCGCUAAUGAAAAUAUAAUUUAUAUUGAGAGAUAACGCUAUAUUUGACACUAAGAAAAACAAGUCGAACUUCCUUAGUUCUAUUCUCUCAUUGCAAGUUUAGUACACAAACUAAUAUACACAUACAAACAACUGCCUACUCCCCCGUUGCAAAUUUUACAUUGUUUCUGUUGUUUACUUAUCGAUAAGAAGUUAACUCGAUUACAGAAUUCUCUCCUAGUUCAGUCCUUUUAUGUUCGAGAUAAAAGUUCUAUUCGACCUCCUAAGCAACGCAUUCAAACGGUUUAAGUAAAUAAUGUUGUACCUUGUAUAUAUACAUAUAUUAAAAUGCAUAUUUAUGUACCAUAUGUACCUUAUAAUCAAAAAUUCGGAUAAAAUGUGCAUAAGAGUCUUUUAUACGGGUGCCGGGAGCUAAUUCAAAAUUUAUAGCCUAAUUGUAAGGAGCAUUUUUCUUAUGUAGUAAUUUAGUCUGUUAUAUCUGGAAAGAAUGCACUUAUUCAAUAAUACCAGCUGUAAAAUGCCAAAAGAAAAAAACUGCAAGGUGAGCCAUAUGUUAUGGCUUUAUAUUAAAAACAAGUAAAAGCUGCAGAAAUCCUAACUAUAGAUAAAAAAAAAACUAGUGAAAGCCUUUGUUGCAUAACCCAAGAGUAUAUUAUACAUAAUUUUUCAACUUAGAUAUCUUAGUAUCUUAUCGUUAGAAAUAUUAUAUUCUACGCUUUAUAACGUACGACAAACGGAUAAACAAACAUGAUAGCAAGACAAACAACUAGGUUGUAUGUAUACGUGCGUUUUGAUACGGUCGCGUACAGUCAAUUUUGUGGCAAGUGGUGGUCCGUAAAAAAAAGAGAGAAGGAUGUAUCUUUUUUAUUGAUUCUUAAUGCCCUUGUUUUUAUUCAAUUUUCUUUCAAAGUCCUUAUAAAGAAUCAGGCAGUAAGGGAUUUCUCUUUUUUUAAUCGUUAAGUCGAGUAAACAAGUCUGCUUUUGUUAUAGGUCUCACAACGCUAAAUAGCCGAACGUUUAAAGUGUCGUAAUUUGAAAUACAGAUUAUCCCUAGUAUAAACAACAACGACAUCAUAGUUACUUAUCGAAAAGUAUUCAAUAUCAUUCUGUCCCUUUGCAGCUUAUAUUUUCUUUUAAUGCAAACAUUAUAUAUUGAAUGUCAUGCAAAGAUGGAUAGAGAGAUGAAAAAAAGAAUAAAUUAAAAGAGAGCGGUUGCCUUGGUUGGAUUCCUUUGAUGAGAAGGAUUUUGAAGCUCAUUUUGGCGGGUAACUCGUGCUAAAAAUAUUUGAGCGUCAUUCAUGCCCAAGGGAAUGCACGAUUAGGUUGGAAGUAGGCGUGGUUAUAAAAGCUCAUUUAGCUAUCCUCUGGGCGAUUUCAACGCAGUUUUAAAACGGCCAUCGUUGCGUAAUUCUAGUAGUACAAAUUGUGCCCUUCGGGUGGACAGAAAAGGAAUGUUUGGAGGAAAGAUUAGAAAACUCCCGGGUGCAAUGCACCAUACGGAUUGUAUAUACAAGCAUAAAGAAAAUGCUAUAAGCCUUAGUCUAAACUCUUUAACGAGACCUUCCAAUCUUUUCCGGUGUAAAAACGUAUUGAUAUCGAUUAAUAAGAAUAUAAUAUUUGCGCCCCUCGUUUAUACUAAAUUUCUUUCUGUUAGUGCAACAAAUGUGUACAAACAUAAUAAGUACUGUUUGCUUUUUACAGCGUGUCAGUGAUCACCCAGGAGCGAUUGCAGUAUCGAAUUCGGUAAAAUACACAUACGUCGCAUAGACGGCGUUUCUUGGUGACCUUUAUUUGCUAACGCAGUUCUCUUUUUCAACUAUAGAUGAUUAAACAAAGAGACGAUUCGGAUUCGGAUGCAACAUCAAAACUGACAGACGACAGCGGUAGGGGUUCCAACGAAGAGACAGUGACGAAGUCUCGCUGUGAGAAGAUGGAAUAUCAGACCAAGCCGAUCCGCGUGGAAUUUGAUACGUUGGAGCGGAACGACUCUAAUUCCAACAACAACUAUCAAUUAGCGUCUGGGCGGUCUAAAGGCGUCAAAGGAAGGCUAAAAUACGGUUAUAAAUCUCCUAGACCCCCAUUUCAACAAACUUCCUCCUUAUCUCCAAUCGACAAUUUGAACUCAAGAUGGAGUCAUGUCUAAUGGAAACUUAAACAAAUCUUCAAUUGGCAAUAAUAAAGAUAAAAUCCGCUAACCUAUGUUGUCCAAUUACCUAAGAAUGUUAAACCGGUUGAUCGUUUUUACGAUAUCUGACGAUAGUCUAGUCUUGACAGUAACUAUUCGAAAACAGUGUGUUUUUUUUUAAUUACUUUUACUUUUACAUUUUUUAUAUAUUUUUUAAAGAUCUUUUUUUAAUAUAUAAACCCUCAAAAUGCUGUAAUUGAAAAAGAAAUACUUUUUUACGGGUUUUUUAAAAAGCAGCAGGUGUUGUUCGGAGUACUCUAUUCAAUGUUAGUAUAUUGAUCACAUGACCAAAAUUAGUCGAUCACAUGAUACUCAUAAAGUCCCUAAUGAAUCGUUUAUAUUCUGCAAAGAGCUGGAAAAUCUCUCAAUAUAUUUU